CUCCACCAGCAGUAGCUUCUAGACUUCGUGUUCCUUCCAGAAAGUAUAUAAGUUUGCACUCAGCUCCCUGUCAAUCAGCCAUAUCAACAAUUCACUCUGCUCAAGAAAAUCACAACUCCCCAAAUCUCAAGACACACAAAUAUCGAACAUGUCUUCUCUCAAGCCCCUCAUUCUCCACGCCCAUAAUACUGGCCCUAAUCCUUUCAAGGUGGCCAUCCUGCUUGAGGCUCUCAAAGUUCCCUACACCGUCAAGCUCUGGCAGUUCGGAGACGCCCCCAAUGGUGUCAAAGGUGAACGCUUUCUCAAGAUCAACCCCAAUGGCCGCGUUCCAGCCUUGGAAGACCCAAACAAGGACGUAACAAGCUGGGAAAGUAUGGCCUGCAUGAACUACAUCCUGCGCGUCUACGACACCGAGAACAAGUUCGGCGCACGACAGGAAGCUGGCGAACAAGGACGAGUUGACGUCGACGCAUGGAUCAGCUUCCUCGUUAGUACACUAGGACCGUUUAUUGGGCAAGCGAACUGGUUCAGACAUUACAACAAUGUCAAGAAUGACAACGCAUAUGAGAGAUAUCAAGCCCAGGCCUAUCGAUGCUUUGGAGUUUUGGAGGAGCAACUGAAGAAACAUGGUGGAGACUGGAUUCUGCCCGGGGAUAAGCCGAAUGUCGUUGACUUUCACUUUGAGCCUUGGAUGAGACAGUAUGAGUAUGCUGGUUUGAGUUUGGAUGAUUAUCCUAAGGUGAAGGCGUGGUUGGAUCGUGUUCAGGCGUUGCCUGAGGUGAAGCGAGCGUAUGAGAAGGUCAAGGCUGGGGAGGAGGUUUAAACCCAAGAAGGAAGUGUAAAACAAGGUAUUUAGUUUUAUCGAAAUAAAACUCAAUAGUCGCGAUCUCACGGGAAAAGGUCACCACGGAUUGUCGACUGACAAUAUCAAUAACGGGGUCCUGCUUAGCGCAUAUGCUGGCGAUUGCUUCAUGAUGACGGACUUGGAUAACGAGAGUGCCCAUAAUUAACAGCUUUAGAGUGGCUGGAGGGAGGAAGCUUGGUUAUAUACAAGCCUAGUAGGGGGCGGGUAUACCUAUCACUUGCUCUCUC